AUGGUUGAUCAACCAGCAUUCUCGGCCUGGAAGCUCCCUACUCAUAUCGAAAACGCCUCGGUACUUGACCUCGACUAUCUCAAAGGCCGCGUCUCAUGGAUUCGAGAUGAACUCGACCCGCUGGUUGCUCGGGAUGGUCCAAAUACCCUACGACCUGACACUGUUAUCGCUCUCUUCAAAUUCUUCGAACAGCUACGCACAUCUUACUUGAAUCUCGAGACUAUUCGCGACUCUCGCGUACACCUGGCCCUCAUCGAAAUCUCUAGGCGUGCCACCAGAUGGCCGGUCAGACUGAUCGAAGAAGCCGAAGAAAUCAUCUUCAAAUGGGAAUCUGAAUGGGGUCCACUUUCAAGUAUCAAGGCCAAUCUUUACGACACGGGCGGAAGGCUACAUGGCGUCAGUACUCCCGAGGAUAUUCAACGAGAGGCACUACUGCUCAAAUGGUCGCGCAAAGAAACCGCAUGGGUUAAUCCAAACUUCGCAAGGCGGAACGGGGACCUUGGAUUCCAACCGGGAGACUGGUGGAUCAAUACCAUGUUUGCGUUUCAUGACGGCAUUAUUGCCAACACUUCAGGUGACAGCGGUGUAACAAACUGCUACUCACAAGCAUAUGCCUUACUCCUGGCAGAUGGCGAUGAAGUCGAUUGCACAGAUCCAGCACAUUUCACAUACCGCUCGACCCCAGGAGAUUCUAGACGAUAUCGCCUUUGCGCCGGGACCCUUGCUUCCAGACGACCAAUCCGCGUGUUACGAAGCCACACUCUGCGCAGCUUCUUCGCCCCUCGCGCUGGAAUUAGGUACGAUGGACUCUACAAGGUUUCUGGAUGGCGGAUCAUUCAGGAUCCGAAGACCAAGGCAAUUCACUUUUACAUCUCCUUCGACCGUCUACCUUCAGAGCCACCUCUUGGUCCCGUGCUAGAACAUCCGAAUGCGGAAGAGCUAGAUGAUUACCGCGAGUACAAACGCAUCCGAAAAGAAAUCCGUCAGCAUCGUAAUCUUCUACGCCAUGGUCUGCGAUUUGGCGCGAAGAAUACACCUUCAACCUCUACUCAGGAUCGCAUAUCGAUGCCCAAGAAGGCUGAUAGCAAUGACACUACGAAGACCAUAAAGAAGCCGGUCGCCAAAAGGAGAGGCAGUUCCUUGCACAUACAGACUUCGGCUUCCGAACCCGCGUCCGACUCGAACACGCCAGCAAAGUCUGACGAUAAUCCUUUCUUUGCUAGCCCGAGUCCUGAUGACAAUCCUUUCUUCUCUGGCGGACUAGAUUCACAGACUGGUCUUGGCAAAAUCAAUACGUUACGACCCGACAUGAUCAAUUACGCACCUGUGCUCCAAGCUGCUUCAGCUGCCGGUGCAGCCAUUGAUCCAUUCUUUGCGAACGCCUUGGAAGAGCAUGCAGCGAAGAAGGCAGCUGCUUUUAGAUUGAGUAUCAGCCCGCCGGCAUCACCAGCUUCAGCAAGAGCAAAGAAGCUCAGUCUUGGUGGCAGGAAGUCAAUGAUAGGGUUCAUUGGUGUGAUUCCCGAGGCAGACGAGCAAAAAAGCAUGCCACAUGUUAGGCGGGACUCACAAAGUCCAGUGCUGUCCAAGAGUUGA